AUGCCUUCAUGGACAGGCAGAGUUAUUGGUGCGGGUUGGUCCGACUGUAGGGCCGUCGCACAGGAGCUGGUCCGGCGGGGCCACGACGUCGUAUGGCUGACAAGUGCCCGCAACGAAGCGCUCGUCCGCAUGACGGGAGCGGCCUUUGUCCCAACCGAGGCCAUCGCCGUCGUGGAUGCUCCGCUGAUGGCUGAGAAUGAAACCGGAUUGCUUGAUGGAAUCUACAGCCGCUUGGUGUCUCGCGUAAUUGCUCAGGUGAGCGACUAUCGCAGAGUGCUGCUCGACUUUGCCGCCGAAGUGCUACUCGUCGACGUUCUGCCGCACGGCGCGAGGGCGCUGUACGAACUUGGCGAGAUCCCCGUAUAUGCGACACUGGGAGUCAUUCCAAUGUACAUGUCGUGCUGGGGCGCUCCGCAGGCAGUGUCGGGAAAGGCUCCUCCAUCGUCUACGCUUGGGCUGCUCUGGAAUCACCUCCACCACCUCUUCAGCCAGUGGAUACUCUUGCCACUGCAUCUGCGGCCGGUGAUCAACAACCAGAGGAGAGCGUUGGGCCUGGGCAAUCUCCCUUACGGAGAGCCCGCGGAGUCUUUCAAAUACAGCCCCUUCUUGCACAUACAAGCCUCAUCGCCGUCCCUGGAGUUUGGCCAACGCCCGAAGCACCCCCAGCAGAGAAUACACACCCACCACGUUGGACCCCUUGUCACAUCUGUUGUAACUACACCGAACCAGCUUCCGCCAUGGUGGAAUGAAGCCGUGAACCACCCACGGGUUGUGGGAAUCACUCAGGGAACCCUGGCGAUGGAUCCAACAUCGUUGAUCGUACCAGCUAUCCAAGCUCUGUCUGGCAAUCCGGACCUGCUACUCGUGGUCGCUUCACCGCACGAAGAUGAAAUCCGAUUCCGAAUUGGAGACUUUCCAAAUGUCCGUUUUGCUAGAUGGAUACCCUACCACUUGUUCCUGCCGCAGCUCUCUCUCCUCAUCACAAACGGUGGAUAUGGAAGCAUCACGCAGGCCCUGUCUCACAAAGUCCCACUGAUCUGCGCCGGCCAGACCGAGGACAAGAAAGACACAGCUGCCAGAAUCAACUGGGCAGGUGCGGGAAUAGAUUUGAAGACGGACAGCCCUUCAACCGCCCAAAUCCGGAAUGCCGCAGAGCAGAUCUUGGCCGAUCGAGGCUACGCGGAAAACGCUGCUCGUCUUGGGGAUGAGCUAAACGAGCUUGGGGGGCAGCGUAGGGCUACGCUCGGAGAACCCUCUAGCAAGAGGAGUUCUUCUAGCUCAAGCCGAUACUCGGGACAAGUUUGCAGGAUGCUCCAGGAUGCAGAUCAAGGUUCGGCCGCCGAAGACCCACUGAGUGUUCGGGAGGGAACGGGUGGUCGGCUCCUCUGGAACAAGGACGUAGCAGAAAUUAGAUUUGGAAUUUGGGUUGAUGCUAGAGCUUGUAUAGAUGUACGGCUUCGAGUUUCGAAUGGGCGAAUUGAAGAUGUGCUUAUGUUGGGAAUAGGAGAGACCACAGCAGCCAGCCCGGCACGAGAACCAAACACAGGCAGUAAACUGAUAGAGAUGUUUGCUCAAGUCAAAUUCAUGCCAAGUGUCGAUAACGUAUCGGGGGGAACCGCUGCUAUUCUCAUCGAUAGCAACAAAGGCUUUCAUGGUUUCCGUCCAAGUUCCUGGUUGUGUACUUUUGGCCAUCGGACCCUUGAGAGAGCGCUCUCGUUUUCGCGUGAAUCGUUCGGGAGGGGGAUCGCUUGGUAUUCUCGUCGAAAGAGGUAUCUUACGGGGGUUGGUACCUGUGCCGAGUCUCGCGUUAGGAUCCUGAACGAGAUAGGUACGACAGUGGGGUGAGGGGGAUUCUGGGCAAACCUUGCUUGGCUUGAGUAGAAGAAAGGCUUGAAGCUCUCUUGGACCAGGG